AUGUUUAGCAUUUCUAAAAAGGGAAAUACAUCUAUUACAUCACAAAUUUUUGAUAUUAAUCAUUUUCAAGAUAUUCUUAACACAGCUCAUGUUUGUUAUCGUGGUGGUCGAUUAGAAUUUGUUCCUGAUGUAUUACCAUGUUCUGGAUUAUUUCAGCACAAUAUUCUUCGUUGCACUAAAUGUGGCAACGAAACACCUUUGACAAAUUUUCCAGUAAUACACCCGAUUAAAACCACACAACAGGAACCAAAUAAACGGUUAACAUUAGCUGCUGCAACAACUGGUGUUGGAUAUCGAGCAACAAAGUCAAUUAUGUCAACAUUAUCUUUAUCAAUACAAAGUGAACGUACAUUUUUAAAACAAUUACACAAAUUUUAUGAUGAUAUGUAUAGUUAUGCACAACAACAUUUCACAUCCAUCAUAGACAAAAUAAAGAGGAGGAGUAAACAGGAAAAGAUAAUUGAUAUAACUGUCUCUAUUGACGGUACGUGGAAACGUAGAGGCCAUGUCUCAAACUAUGGAUUGGUAUUUGUUAUUGAUGUUCAUUCAGGUUUAUGUAUCGAUUUUGAGGUCAUGUCACUAUUUUGUGAAGCUUGCACCAGAAAAAGAUCAAUAUUAUCCGGAACUAAAUUCAGAAAAUGGUAUGAAAAACACCAACCAUUUUGUAGUAAAAACUAUGAUGGAACAUCAAAGUCAAUGGAAAAAGAAGGAGUAAUAAAAUUAUUUCAAAGAUCAUUGAUAAAUGGCCUCCGUUAUAAACAUAUGGUUUGCGAUGGUGAUGCAUCAGCAUAUGAAGCAAUUAAAUAUUACUAUGUUCGACAUCAACAACAACAACAACAACAUACAUCUUUAGAAAAAGGCACUGAAGAUGAAGAACCUAAAUCUGAAGAUGAAGAACUUGAAUCUGAAGGUGAAGAAUCUGAACCUGAAGGUGAAGAAUCGGAACCUGAAAGUGAAGAAUCGGAACCUGAAGGUGAAGAAUCGGAACCUGAAGGUGAAGAAUCUGAACCUGAAGGCGAAGAAUCGGAACUUGAAGGUGAAGAAUCUGAACCUGAAGGUGAAGAGUCGGAACCUGAAGGUGAAGAAUCGGAACUUGAAGGUGAAGAAUCUGAACCUGAAGGUGAAGAGUUGGAACCUGAAGGUGAAGAAUCUGAAUCUGAAGGUGAAGAAAGUAAAGGUGGUGAUAAGUUAAACAGAUUAAUAGUAAUUAAGGAAGAUUGUAUAAAUCACGUUAGUAAAAGGGUGAUGAAGUAUUUAACUGAACUUAAAAGAGAAAAAACUCGACAAAUUUCGGUAACCAAAUCAAGUUUUUCAUCAUUUGAUUGGUCAUGCGACCAGCUCCACCUCCCCAUGGUUUGUUGUCGGUGAGUAGUUGUCGUGUAGCAACAUUUUUGUUGGUAUUUGA